AACCGUCCGCCGCGUCGCGCAAAAGCCUCGGCAGCAGCAGCAACAACAACAACAACAACAACAACAGCAGCAGCUACAACUACAACAACAGCAACAGCAGCAGCAACAACAACAAACGCACCGUUUUAUGAAGAACCCACAUCAACCAGCGGCGACUUCGGGAUGGCGGACAGUUGGAGCCUCCAAUCACGACACUUCGGAGCGGCUGAGCGUGCGGACGAUGCGAGUGGUGGAUAGUGACACGAGGUCACUGCGCGCGAGGGACAAAUCCUUGGACCGUGCGCUGGAAAGCGUCAUGGCGCCACCGCCGCAGCAGACGGUUUCGUCGUCGCACGCGGCGACGGGCGCCAGACCGAAGACGACGAAGAACGCUGUCGGUCGACUUCACGAGGACUCGGACCGGGAAGAUCAUCAUGGGAAGCAGAAGAAGAGUAUCCAGGACCAGAUUAUCGCGACGCAGAUGAGUCGUCUGAAUUGGGAGUUCUCCAUGCACAGCGUGUAUCAGGAGAACCGCAAGGUUGGAAUCAGCAUGGCGCCGCCCUUGUCGAAGCUGUUGCUUACGGAGUCGGAUCCGAAGGUGUCGCUCCUGUCGCCGCCUGACUCUCAACUCUUCCCCGGUAUGGACAUCUCGUCGAUCGUAGACGGCGCCGUGUCAGAUAUGGAAAUGCUGAAGCUGGACACGAAGGAGCACCACGUGCAAGCUUACCCCAUGUUGUCGACGACGUCCACGUGGAACCACAUGCAUUCCACCACGACGAGCAAGGCGUCGCCAUCUUCCGCCAUUGACAUUUCCCGACGGGACGAAGGCGACGGCCGGUCCAUGACGGACUCGAAUUAUUCCAGCAACCUGACGAAUCCCAAGCCGGAAAUGCGGCAACCCCGCAAGUCGGGAGACAGUUCCACGCGAUCGGUGGCGACGGUGGUUGCGGCGAAUGCGAGCAGCACGCUACACGACUUGUCUGGCGAGUUGCUGCUUCCGAAGACCAAGGCGGAUUUUCACGUGCCGUCGUUGGCGGUGUUUAAUCCGGCGUAUGAGGAUGAGAUUGACGCGUUGCCUGCGAAUGCCAAGUUGAAUGCGUCGCAAGCCAGCGAGAUUGCCAAGUAUUUGGACAAGGUUAUCGGUGGUGGCGGCAAUUCUAACAACCCCGGCGGCGGCAACAAGAGUUCGGACGUGAGUGAGAAAAGCUACAGCACAGGCAGCACCACCAUCACUGCCGGUUGCGUUCUGGGGAAUGGGAAUGUCGGCGAUGAUGAGGUGCAUGGAGGAGGAGGUUCCGCAGGUGGGAAGGAUUCGAGAAAGUCUGCCAAUGCUUUGCGAAAGGCGUCCAGCAGACUCACUAGCAGCUGGAGCAAGGGUUUCAAAGUGUUCUCUCAGCACAAUCAGUGAGGAAUGACGUGCUUGGCAAAGAACCAUUGCGAAGGAGGCUCAUGAUCUCAUUAACGGUGACGUUGUGAUUUUUGAACAUUUCCCCAUUUUUUGUCACUUUUUUUUUCUUUUACGGGACAUCAGUUGGAUUUUUCUUCUUUGGUGCUAGAGGGAGAAACUCAGCUUUUGAGUUGUGGUUGUUGAAGGAAAUCUGUUGGAUAUUGAAGAUGUGAGAAAUGUUAGUAGGUACUAUGCGAGGAGGAGAGUUUAGCUGUACUGUACAUGCAUUCUUUGUUUGUUUGUACAGUAAUUGAAAUUGAAGGACAAUCCAUUUGUUGUUGACUGAAUCUCUUCCGUCCAGGGAAAUGUUGACAUUCCGGAUCUGAUUUGUGAUAUUUGGAUGAAAUUCUUAAUUUAGAAGUGCCACGCUGGCUUAGGGCACCAGCUCAAGAUGUACUCGAGAUCUUCCAUUGGUGACAUAUUUUUUUUUAUGCGCAUGAAGGAGUAGCUCAAUUUUUUUCAAGUGAAUCACAGUGAAGAAUUAAUUGUUAGCCAAGUGCCUCGUGACUGUUGAAGAGGUUGUAUUCAUUGGAACAAGUGUCUGCCAUGAUUUGCCAGGAGACAUUAAAGAAGGAACGUCCAUCACAGCAAA